AUGAAGGCUGGUGGGAGUGAGAAAUGGAAGCCUCCAACAAUUGGUACUGUAAAGAUCAAUGUAGAUGGCUCAUUUUUUCAGAAUACGAAUAUAGGUAGUUCUGGAUUUGUGGUGAGGGAUUCUGAUGGGAGGUUUUUGGCUGGAGGAGGACAGUCUUAUCAGGGUGUGAUUUCAGCAGAGCAUGUGGAGGCACUUGCGUGCAAACAGGUUGUUCAGUUUGCUAUAAUGCAUCACUUUGUUCCGACAGUUAUUGAGACUGAUGCACAAGGGCCGACAUCCAUCACAGCUCAAGAAGUUGAGGACGAAAGUGAGUUUGAUUAUCUGAAAGACAGUGAGAAAGGGCCAAAGCAUUGGGGAGAGCUUAGGGAAGAAUGGGGAGCAUGUAAAACUGGGAGACUGCAAUCUCCGGUAGAUUUGCAUAGUGAGAUCGUGGAAGUACACCCCAACAAUGGGGAGGUGAGACUCAAGUACAGGCCUUCAUAUGCAAUAAUCAAGAAUAGAGGCCAUGACAUUUCGAUCCAGUGGAAGCUAGGUGCAGCUGGAUCCGUGGAGAUUAAUGGCACAGAUUACUGGCUAGAUCAAUGCCACUGGCACUCACCAUCUGAGCAUACAAUUAACGGUAACAGAUUCGACCUCGAACUUCAUAUGGUUCACCGAAUCCCUGGUCCAAAUGUCGGAAACAACAUAGUUGUGGUUGCAUACCUCUACAAAACUGGCAAGCCUGAUAUGUUUCUCUCCCAGGUAAGCCAGGAUAUCAAGAGCAUGAUUGAUGUAGAGGCAGAGAGACACAGAGGGGUGGUUGAUCCAAGAGAUGUGAAGAACGGUGGCGCUAAAUUUUAUAAGUACAAAGGCUCACUCACUGUACCUCCUUGCACUGAAGGAGUAACUUGGAUCAUACACAAAAAGUUAACUACUGUAUCAAGAAAGCAAAUGGAGUUGCUUCGAGAAGCUGUUCAUGACUACGCAGAACUGAAUGCAAGACCAUUACAAGCUCUGAAUGGCCGAGAUGUGCACUUUCAUGUUUCUGAGUCUCACUUAAUGGAUUAA